AUGCAGGCAUCCAGAUCCAAGAAGCUAGAAGGCUACCAGCUAAAAGAAACUCUAGUAAAAGAAAAACUCCAAGACAUCCCUAAUCAGAACGUCGACUUAGACCCUUCUCAGCCUGCCAGCAGACUCAUCAUCAGCAAGGAGUCGGAAGUUUACAAGAUGCUGCAGGAGAAGCAAGAGUUGAACGAGCCCCCGAAACAAUCCACUUCCUUCUUGGUGUUGCAGGAAAUCCUCGAGUCUGAGGAGAAAGGAGAUCCCAACAAACCCACUGGUUUCAGAAGUGUAAAGGCUCCAGUCACCAAAGUGGCCGCAUCUAUAGGAAAUGCACAAAAGUUGCCCAUGUGUGAAAAAUGUGGCACUGGCAUUGUGGGCGUGUUUGUGAAGCUGAGAGAACGACACCGCCAUCCCGAUUGUUACGUGUGCACCGACUGCGGCACCAAUCUGAAACAGAAGGGCCAUUUCUUUGUAGAGGAUCAAAUCUACUGUGAAACACAUGCCCGGGAGCGGAUGACUCCACCUGAGGGCUAUGAUGUGGUGGCUGUGUUCCCUAAGUGAGUCCGCAGAUCCGCUCUGAAUCAGUUCUCCAAAGGCCCCUCACGCAGUCUGUUCUCUCGCUGUGCUGGCCCUCUCUGCUCUGGCAAGUUCUUUCUCCCUGUGGUUUCAUCUCUGCUCUUUAAAUUGUCAGCUCCCCUUCCUUUGCUUCCUGAUGCAGUGACAAUGUGGGGCCUUUACAAUGAAGGGAAGAGGGCUUUGCUCAGUGUCUGCUUGCCAGAGCGCACUGUCUUACCCUUCCUCACCUCAUUUCGUCUCUGCUGCAUACGGACAUCGGUCACGUUCGAACAGACCCGAAUUUAAUAUGCCUGAUCUAAUUUUGUUUUUACUCAAUAAAUUUAUGAA